UGACGUCACCACGCCCGGCGGCCGCCAUUACAGAGAGCCGAGCUCUGGAGCCUCAGCGAGCGGAGGAGGAGGCGAAGCGGCCGACGGCCGAGUACUGCGGUGAGAGCCAGCGGGCCAGCGCCAGCCUCAACAGCCGCCAGAAGUACACGAGGAACCGGCGGCGGCGUGUGUGUGUAGGCCCGUGUGCGGGCGGCGGCGCGGGAGCAGCGCGGAGCGGCAGCCGGCUGAGGCGGGUGGCAUCAUGGACGAGAAGGUGUUCACCAAGGAGCUGGACCAGUGGAUCGAGCAGCUGAACGAGUGCAAGCAGCUGUCCGAGUCCCAGGUCAAGAGCCUCUGCGAGAAGGCUAAAGAAAUCCUGACAAAAGAAUCCAACGUGCAAGAGGUUCGAUGUCCAGUUACUGUCUGUGGAGAUGUGCAUGGGCAAUUUCAUGAUCUCAUGGAACUGUUUAGAAUUGGUGGCAAAUCACCAGAUACAAAUUACUUGUUUAUGGGAGAUUAUGUUGACAGAGGAUAUUAUUCAGUUGAAACAGUUACACUGCUUGUAGCUCUUAAGGUUCGUUACCGUGAACGCAUCACCAUUCUUCGAGGGAAUCAUGAGAGCAGACAGAUCACACAAGUUUAUGGUUUCUAUGAUGAAUGUUUAAGAAAAUAUGGAAAUGCAAAUGUUUGGAAAUAUUUUACAGAUCUUUUUGACUAUCUUCCUCUCACUGCCUUGGUGGAUGGGCAGAUCUUCUGUCUACAUGGUGGUCUCUCGCCAUCUAUAGAUACACUGGAUCAUAUCAGAGUACUUGAUCGCCUACAAGAAGUUCCCCAUGAGGGUCCAAUGUGUGACUUGCUGUGGUCAGAUCCAGAUGACCGUGGUGGUUGGGGUAUAUCUCCUCGAGUAGCUGGUUACACCUUUGGGCAAGAUAUUUCUGAGACAUUUAAUCAUGCCAAUGGCCUCACGUUGGUGUCUAGAGCUCACCAGCUAGUGAUGGAGGGAUAUAACUGGUGCCAUGACCGGAAUGUAGUAACGAUUUUCAGUGCUCCAAACUAUUGUUAUCGUUGUGGUAACCAAGCUGCAAUCAUGGAACUUGACGAUACUCUAAAAUACUCUUUCUUGCAGUUUGACCCAGCACCUCGUAGAGGCGAGCCACAUGUUACUCGUCGUACCCCAGACUACUUCCCGUAAUGAAAUUUUAAACUUGUACAGUAUUGCCAUGAACCAUAUAUCGACCUAAUGGAAAUGGGAAGAGCAACAGUAACUCCAAAGUGUCAGAAAAUAGUUAACAUUCAAAAAACUUGUUUUCACAUGGACCAAAAGAUGUGCCAUAUAAAAAUACAAAGCCUCUUGUCAUCAACAGCCGUGACCACUUUAGAAUGAACCAGUUCAUUGCAUGCUGAAGCGACAUUGUUGGUCAAGAAACCAGUUUCUGGCAUAGCGCUAUUUGUAGUUACUUUUGCUUUCUCUGAGAGACUGCAGAUAAUAAGAUGUAAACAUUAACACCUCGUGAAUACAAUUUAACUUCCAUUUAGCUAUAGCUUUACUCAGCAUGACUGUAGAUAAGGAUAGCAGCAAACAAUCAUUGGAGCUUAAUGAACAUUUUUAAAAAUAAGUACCAAGGCCUCCCUUCUACUUGUGAGUUUUGAAAUCGUUCUUUUUAUUUUCAGGGAUACCGUUUAAUUUAAUUAUAUGAUUUGUCUGCACUCAGUUUAUUCCCUACUCAAAUCUCAGCCCCAUGUUGUUCUUUGUUAUUGUCAGAACCUGGUGAGUUGUUUUGAACAGAACUGUUUUUUCCCCUUCCUGUAAGACGAUGUGACUGCACAAGAGCACUGCAGUGUUUUUCAUAAUAAACUUGUGAACUAAGAAAAAAAAAAAA